AUGUGCAUCAGUGAAGGUGAUCUUGACAUCCACAUCAAGGAGGAACCUCAGAUGCACCAAAUCGACCAGGGACAAAACGGAGAAAUACAGGAGACUGUCAGCCCAAACUUUGACAGUCCACUUUCCAGAUGUGACCUGAAAGAGGAGGAAUCAAGCGAGACUGCGGUGAUCAAGCAAGAGCCAGAGGCGUGCGUCAAAGAGGAGACCAUUGACCCAGAGCCAGACGCAGACGCAGAGCCAGACGCAGAGCCAGACGCAGAGGAUUGCUGCAGCAGCUUCCAAAACGUGAAGGAAGAAGCUUGUUCAGAAUCAUCAGACUUCUAUCCAUCGCCCGGCGUGCGUUGGCGCUGGAUGUCACCGGUGUCGUCGCGCUACAGUAGUUUUGGUGUUGGAUGGCCUCGGAGGUCAUCGUGUGGGAAGAGGAGGUGGCUCUGCAGGGCUUUGCUGCGGCUCUCGUCCCGUCCCUUUGGGCUCCGCCAGGCCCACAUGCACUUCUCUCAUUCAUGA